CUUACAUUUUACAAGUUAAUGUGAUAGUUAAGUCUCUAUUAUAAAGAAAACCAAACCAAUACGUUUUGCAUGCUUCAUAGAUUUUAGUAUAGUAAAAAUUUUAUAUUUUUGUCAAAAAUUAUUUCGUUAACCAUACCUUAACCUCAAUUUUCGACAUGGUUCCAAAGUGUUCGUGAUGCUACAUUUUAUACUCUUUACAGUAAUUACUGUAGUAAUAUUUAUAUUUUCGAAUUACCUCAGUUUCACGUACUUCUUUGAUAAUUAUAAACAUCGGUUUUUUAACGAUCUCAAUGAUUUACAAGUGUAUGAUUACAUUGUUGUUGGAGCGGGUACUGCAGGUGCAACUUUAUCCGCAAGGUUAGCUGAACAAGGGUAUGAAAUCUUGCUACUCGAAGCUGGUGGAGUUGCACCACCUUUCCUUGAUAUUCCACUCUUAGCUCCUUUAAUUCAAAACAGUCCAUACACCUGGCAACAUGUAACUGUACCUCAACAGAAUGCUUGCAAGGGUUUAACUAAUAAUCAAAGCAGAUGGCCAAUGGGCAAACUUCUUGGUGGAACUAGUCGAUUAAAUUAUAUGCUUUACGUACGGGGACAUCCUUCAGAUUAUGAUGAAUGGUUUCCAGAUUUUAUUGAACCUAUCACACAGAAUGGUGGUCCAAUGCAUAUAUGUGACUUACAAUGGAACACUAGUCUUGCUAAUGUAGUUUUAAAAGGAUUGGAAGAAAUGCAUCAACAUAUUGGCAAUAUUAACAAAGAUUACAAACAUGGAUUUAUGAAGGCACAAUUAUCAAUGAAAGAUGGAAAACGAUGGAGUACAGAUAUGCUAUUGUAUGCAAAUUUUAAAAAGAAAAUAACUAUCAUUACACAUGCUCAUGUGGAAAAAGUAUUAAUAGAAUCAAAUAGAGCAAUAGGAAUACAAUUUACUACCCUAAAUAAGAUAUUUAAAGCAAUUGCAAGGAAAGGCGUUAUUCUGAGUGCUGGCGCAAUUGGUAGUCCAAAAAUAUUAAUGUUAUCUGGUAUUGGACCAAGAAAACAUUUGGAAGAGUUACAAGUAAACGUAAUUCGUGAUUUACCGGUUGGUCAACAUUUGGUAGACCAUGUGCUUACAGGAAUCGAUUUAGUCAUGCUUAACACAAGCAUAGGUUUAAGUAUGACUGAUACAUUGAAUCCUAUACCAGCAAUAAAUUAUUUUCUCUUUGGGAAAGGUCCUUGGACAUCUGCAGGAGUUGAAGUUUUAGGAACAUUUCACAGUUCUUUUCAAAAAAAUACAUCAAACAUACCAGACUUACAGAUAAUGGUGAUGCCAUUGGGAAUAUCAAAGGAUAAUGGUGUUGCUCUAAGAAAAACCAUGGGAAUUUCUGAUAAGGUUUAUAAUGAAUACUUUGCUCCCCUUACGUAUAAGAAUACAAUAACAAUUGCUCCCGUUCUAUUACAUCCAAAAAGUAAGGGAGAAGUAAAAUUACGCAGUAGCGAUCCUUUCGAUCCGCCGCUAAUCGAUCCAAAAUACUUAUCAAAUAAAGACGACAUUGCAGUUCUUAUAGAUGGGCUCCAAUUCGUAAAGAAACUCGCUGAAACAGAUGCAAUGAAAACUGUUGGUGCAUCUAUUUAUCAGAAACAUUUUCCAGGGUGUGAAAAUGAAAUAUUUGAUAGUACAAAAUAUUGGGAAUGUUACAUACAACAUUUAACAUUAACUUCCUAUCAUCCUGCUGGUACAUGUCGCAUGGGUGAUGUUGUUGAUCAAACAUUUAGAGUUUACGGUGUGACAAAUUUAUAUGUGGUUGAUGCGUCCAUAUUACCAUCUUUGCCAAGUGGUAAUAUAAACGCUGCAAUUUUAAUGCUUGCUGAAAAAGCAGCGCGCAUGUUUAAACAGCAUACAAAAGUUCACGAAAAUAAUAUGGAAUGUUACAGGCCGCGUAAUUAUUACGAAAAUUUAAAUUUAACUUAAAUAA